AUGAAUGCAGCUUGUUCUGUUUGGCAAGUGAUAAAUACUACUCCACCUAAUCUUAUUGAUCUUAGCUCAAGUGAGGAAUAUGUAAGUACUAACUCUAACAAGGACAAGAAUUCAGAUGAUGAUUUCGUAGAGGAUGAUGAUGAAUUAGAUGAUAAUAGAGGUGCAAAUUCAAUAAUCGACCAUCUUCUUGCAGCUUCAAAAGCUAGUUUCGAAAAAAUAGGAAGCUUAAAAAUUACAAGUUUUUUUUCCACUAUUAAUACUCAACUACUGGCUAAUGAUGAUGAUGAAGGUAUUGGAGACCAUAGUUUUUCAGAUAAGAAAUGCAGUGAUAGUGAAUCAGAGAAUGAAGAAAGUUUGAUUAAUAAUGCUAUUGAAUUUGUAAACAAAAUAUUGAAUGAAAAGAUG